ACAUGAUAGGUACACCAAGGGUAUAGCCGAUUAGCCGUAUAGGUUCAGCCUGAAAUUGAGUUCACUGUCGACAAGUUUCGCCCCAACACUCAACUCCGCAAGCUAUCGUUCUUCUUCUCCUUAGCAAUUAGUAUAGAUAGCUUCAUUUUCAUCCACCAAAUAACAAUGGCGCAUACAUCCCUUUUCGCUCCCUCUUCCUCCCUUAGAUUCAACCCUCUUCUUCUUUCCUCCUCUCCCUCUUCUUCCUCUCGCUCCAACAACCUUUCUUUUCCCUCCCUCCCCAGGAAACUAAGGAAGUCGAUAGAAGAUAGAAAGGUGAAUAAAAAUUUUGCUGUGAAGGCAGUGUAUGGUGAUGAAUUUUGGACACCUGAGGGGAGUUCAAGGCAGGGUAUUUGGUCCAUAAGGAAUGAUUUGCAAGUCCCAUCUUCCCCUUAUUUCCCUACGUAUGCACAAGGACAAGGGCCACCCCCCAUGGUGCAGGAGCGAUUCCAGAGUGUUAUAAGUCAGCUUUUCCAAUAUAGAAUUAUCCGCUGUGGUGGAGCAGUUGAUGACGAUAUGGCAAACAUCAUUGUUGCUCAGCUCCUUUACCUUGAUGCUGUUGAUCCUAACAAGGAUAUUGUCAUGUACGUAAAUUCUCCAGGAGGGUCGGUUACAGCUGGCAUGGCAGUAUUUGAUACAAUGAGGCAUAUCCGACCUGAUGUGUCUACUGUUUGUGUUGGAUUAGCAGCUAGUAUGGGAGCUUUUCUACUUAGUGCAGGGACCAAAGGGAAGAGAUACAGCUUGCCAAAUUCAAGGAUAAUGAUUCAUCAACCGCUUGGUGGUGCUCAAGGAGGGCAAACUGACAUAGAUAUUCAGGCUAAUGAAAUGCUGCAUCAUAAGGCAAACCUGAAUGGAUAUCUUUCCUAUCACACUGGCCAAAGUUUAGAGAAGAUUAACCAGGAUACAGACCGUGACUUUUUCAUGAGUGCAAAAGAAGCCAAGGAAUAUGGACUAAUAGAUGGUGUCAUUAUGAAUCCUCUCAAAGCUCUCCAGCCAUUAGAGGCUGCCGCAGAGGGUAAAGACCGGGCUAGUGUCUGAACAUGAGAUAGUCGCACUUUAGGUUCCAAGGUAUAAUAAGCAUAGUGUUAAGCUGUAAGAUGUUUUUGGUUGCUGAGGCCAGCUGAUUUUUUUACGGAUUUUGAUAUCUGCCCAUGUACCAAAAAUGAGAUGAAAUUGAUACUUUUAAUGUCUUGCUUUAGGGUUUAUACUGACUGAAGGUUCUUUAAUGGAUCCUGAAUGUGCUUUUUCCUUCAAGCAUUCUUUUUUGAUGACCUCAUGAUAUGUCCUCAUGUAUUGUAAUUUGAUUUUUUUAUUAGAUCGUGAUUGUUUUUCUUCA